GAGGGGCUCGAAGUCACUAGUACUGUGGCCUGAUAAGAGAGAUUCCCCCAGAUUGCCAUAUCUUCAAAUCUUUUAUCAGGAUUUAUUGCCCCUGCCCCGCGAUUGAUUGUCUGGUCUUAUCACUGACCCAGAGUCACCCUCCAAUUGCUACGGUCUUGCCCCAGCUUCAUCCUUGGUUCCGCGCUGAUAAGUGAUCUCACGGCCCUCUACCGGACCCCCGCCCUUGCACCAUCUCGUUUCCCUGGAAGUCUAUCAUCCCAGUCCCAGCAGCUAUUAAUCUCCUUGCAAUGGAAGGCAAUCUGCCCCAACAGCAGUGCCAUCCGGCCUCCACAGCCGUGGACAAGGAUGACCUGGUCAUCCCAAUCAUCGACUUCGGCCCCUUCCUUAACGGUACCCCCGCCGAUAAGCACGAGGUUGCCAUGUCCAUCGUAGACGCCUUCAAAUCCUCCGGCUUCCUUUAUCUCAAAGGCCAUGGCGUUCCACCAUCCGUGGUUUCUCGCGUAUUCGGCUCCUCCGCCCGCUUCUUCAGUCGACCCCAGGAUCAAAAAGAUGGUCUGUGCUGGGUUUCCCCACAGUCGAACCGUGGUUACGUCAAGACUGGGCAAGAGAAACUAAGCCUGCCCGAUGACGUCCCGGGGGCUACUCGAACCACGCCCGACCUAAAGGAGACAAUGGAGAUUGGUCGGGAAGGGGCCGAUAACCUUCAUAAUCAAUGGCCGGACCAUAUUGAUGAGGAGGGGAAGGACUUUAAAGAGGUGAUGCUGUCGUUCUUCGACAUGUGCAAGUCUCUACACACGCUGGUCAUGCGGGCUAUUGCGCUGGGGAUGCAUUUGCCGGAGCAUUUCUUCGAUACAUAUGUGGAUGCGGGUGAUAAUAACCUUCGCCUGCUCCAUUAUCCUUCCGUCCCCAAGGAUGUCUUCAAGCAAAAUUCGGGGCAGGUCCGAGCUGGGGAACAUAGUGAUUAUGGUUCCAUCACUCUUCUUUUCCAAGAUAGCCGAGGAGGGCUACAAGUCCGCAGCCCCAAGGGCACUUUUGUGGAUGCGACACCAAUUGCCGACACGGUAAUUGUUAAUGCUGGCGAUUUGCUGGCGCGAUGGUCCAACGAUAUAAUCAAGAGUACCCGACACCGGGUUGUCGAGCCACCGACAGCGGUCGGAGAGGAAGGGGAUGGGUCCGAUUUCUACCCCGAUCGGUACAGCAUUGCGUACUUUUGCAAUCCUAACAGUAAUCAGUUCAUUGAAGCCAUUCCUGGGACUUACGAAGAGGAAACCCAUCCUGCAAAGUACCCUGGAAUCACGGCGGGUGAGUAUCUGAUGCAACGGCUAUCAGCCACGAUUUAAAAGUACUUUGCGGGCCGGUAUCAAACUGGCCUCACAGCAGCGGCAGAUCAGAUAGUUCUCAGUGAAGUUUUGUCUAGCGGGCAGAUCAAUGCAUCGUGGUGAACUGCCACGGUCUAUACUUAUCAUCAUACAAUAUCCUAACCGUUACCAUUGACCCAACCUGACCUCCAUUCUACUAAUAACAAUCGGUCAGGUACCGUUGAACGUCGUACCUACAUUGUCGAG